GCAUAGAGCGAGCCUUCCGCUGGAAUAGUAACGUAUAAAAGAGUAAAUUAUGUAUGAAAUUUCAUAAUGUGGUGAGAAAUGUAAGAGUACGUUUACAAAUCGCAAAACUAUUUUAAAUCAGUUUCAAACUGUUUUACAAUGAGGCGUUUUAUUUUUCUUAUCAUCAUAAGUGUGCUUUUAAUCAAGAAUGCCACACCAUCGAAAUACCAGAGUUAUCCUUCACGUCUGGCAUGGUUGUUUGGCUUGAACAGUAAACCAAAUGAAAAUAAAGAAAAUACAGAAGAAAGUAAUGAAGGAGAUAAACCGACCGUAUGCAAAUCUCAAGAGUGCAAAAAAAUUGCUCAGAUCUUUUCGGAGAGCAUGGACAAAUCUGUAGAUCCAUGCGAUGAUUUCUAUGAAUAUGCUUGUGGAAAAUGGCCAGAACAUAAUCCUAUUCCGGAGGGGAUGAAUUCUUGGAAUAUGUAUAUCCUUGGAACAAGAUUAGUUAUGAAGAAGACAAGAGAAAUUUUCGAUGAGGGUCCAAAAGACGACGAUCUUUUGGCAAUAAAACUUGCGAAGAAAUGGUACGCGGUCUGCAUGAAUACAGAUGCAAUGGACAGGCAAGGACUCGAGCCUCUCGUCUUUACUUUAUCGCGGAUAGGCGGUUGGCCUAUGAUAAUGGAACCAGAUGAAUGGAACGAGCAGGAGUACAGCUGGCAAAAAGUGGAUGAUCAAUAUAUGCGCUUGAUGGGAACAAAUGCUUUUCACGACGUGCGCGUAAUCGAACGCAAGCGUUCGAACGAGUCUGAGAAAAAAGUGCAUAUUGAUACUCCACAUUUACCUUCGGAUUCGUACAGUCUCUGGAGUGGUGAAACCGAUUUUAGUAAAGAAGAUGAAAGUGACGAGGAUCUCAGCGACGAAGAGGAGCAAAGCGACGAGCAGGGAGAUAGUCAAGAACCUGGAAGCGAGGGCGAAGACCAUGACAAAAGUGAUAAUAAAAGUAACAACAACGAUGAUAAUGAUGAUAAUGAUAGUAAUGAUGUAGAUAACGAUGGCAAUAAAGAUGAUAAUGACGACAACGAGACAAACGAACAAGACAAUGACAAUGAAAACUUGAAGAAAAAAGUCGGUAUGAGAAAAACCGGUAAAUUCGCAAAAAAGGAAAAAGUGAGAGAUAAUAAAAAAAUAAAGACUAGCAUCCAUUCUAAGAAACAUAAGAAUCAUAGGACAAAAAAAGAAAGGGUGAAGAGACGGGUAAUACCAAUUAAUAUUCACAAAAAGUUACGUUCGCAAAAAAACGAAAGGAUUCAUAUGAAGCGAGUACAUAGGCAGAAACUAAAGGAAACUUUACAAACGACAACACCGCAGAUUAGUACAGAAGAAACGACUGACGAAGAUAAGAAAAAGAAGCAAGUUGAUUACAUCUCGAAAGUAGCACGCGCCAUAGCUAAAGCAAGAGGCGUCGACGUAACGGAGAAACAUAUGAAUAGAGAUAUCCAAGACAUGAUCGACUUUCAAAUAAAAUUAACUGAUAUUACUAUGGAUUUGAGUGACGAAAAAGACAUGACACUCAAUGAGUUCCAGGAAUGGUAUGAUAAAAAGAAACCUAAAACUGUCAACAGCAAGAUUGACUGGGUGUACAAAAUUAGAGAAAUAUUUGACGAGGCCUACGUACCUGUGAAGGAUGAUUUAAAUCUGACAAUUAAAUCACCGGGUUACUUCAAGAAUCUUAUCGCAUUGCUGGACGAGACAUCUAGUCGAACGAUUGUAAACUAUAUUCACUGGAACUUUUUGAGCAAAGUAAUAAGAACUACUACAAGUGAAAUGAGAAAAUUAUACAAUACGAGGCACGGAUAUGAUGAGAACGAUAAUGAAGAGAAUGACAAUGAAGACGCUUUUGGAUUUUCAGGGAGAUCGCGAAGAUGCAUAAGGGAAAUAGACAUGGGCAAUCUCUUAGCGUACGAGUAUGUCAGAAAUCAAUUCCCUGAUAAAGUCAAGACAACCGCAGCGGAUAUGAUGGACGAUAUACAAAAAGAAGUCGAAUAUCAAAUUAAAGAGUCGGACUGGCUGGAUGAGGAUACUAAAGAUUUUGUUUUAGAGAAACUAGUAAAUAUGAAGAAAUUUAUUGGAUAUCCGGACUGGUAUAGAAAUGACACUAUCGUUAAACGAUAUUUUCAGGGACUCAUUAUCAUCAAUUCAUAUUACGAGAAUACGCUCAGCUAUAACAGAUAUAGCAAAUGGAAAGAACUACGAAAAUUGAUGAAAAAUAAUACUAAUGAUGGAAUUAUGGUAAUGAGCCCUUUAAUGGUAAAUGCCAUGUUUUCUGAGAGUGAAAAUUCCAUAGAUCUUCCAGCAGCAAAUUUCCAAAAUCCAUUUUUCGCUUAUGGUCGACCACAAGCUAUUAAUUAUGGUAUUGUUGGCUCAACUAUGGCUCACGAAGUUAGUCAUGGAUUCGAUGACACUGGACAUUUAUAUAAUAAGAAUGGAGAAGAAGUGGAAUGGUUAUCUGCUAUGGCUGAAGGAUAUAGCAAAAGAGCAGAAUGCUUUGUGGAACAAUUUAAUAAUUAUCCCAUUGAUAAGGAAUCGAAUUACACAAUAAAGGAUUAUGGAAAUCAGACAAUAAGUGAGAAUAUCGCAGAUACAAUGGGACUAGAGGCAACGUUUAGAGCUUAUCGAAGAAGAGAAAGAGAAUGCGAAAAUCCGGGUACCGUUUUGCCGGGUUUGGAAGACCUCACUAACGACCAACUUUUUUUCCUAUCCUUUGCCUAUCUAUCGUGCGAAGCUCAAUCAAAUAGCGCUCUAGAGAUGGCCAAAGCUGACUCGCACAGUAUCGAAAGAUUGAGAGUGAUAGGAUCCGUUUCAAAUUCGCAAGAUUUCGCCAAAGCUUAUAAUUGUCCAGUCGGCAGUGCGAUGAAUCCUGAAAGGAAAUGUAAUAUCUGGAAAUAAAUGACUUAUACGAAUUUUACGCAUUAAACUUGUCAUUGUUUGAUAUAAAAAUGUAAAACAAUUGAUAAAAAUUUUCUAUUUAUCACUAAAUAAAAUAAAGCAUAAUAUAAA